AUGGACUCAGCCCAGACUCCAGAGACGCCCGCGCCCGCGCCAGAGUUCAAGGCCGUCACCAUUGAUCCGGAUGGCGACCUUUACUUGAAGGCGACUGCGGAUGACGAUUCGGAGGUCUGGACAUUCCGGGUCUGCUCCGCUGCACUUCGGCGCCGUUCGCCAGUAUGGAAGCAGAUGUUGUUUGGGCCUUGGAAGGAAAGAAAGCCGACCAGCAGCGACAAGGACUGGAUUGUCGAGCUGUUCGAUAAUUGUCUUCAUGCAAUGCAGCUGCUCCUUCAUAUCAUUCACGGAAAUUUCGAUAUGGUUCCCCCGCUCUUUCUCUCUCUCCGCCAACUUCACAAUCUGCUGGUGGUCGCCAACAAAUACGAGAUGGUCAAUGUUAUCAAGCCUUGGAGCCAAAAUUGGGUAUCCAUCGCACAAGGGUCCAUGGCAAAUGCGGAAGAUACAAUCAUGUCCUUCUAUGUCGCAUGGCAACUUGGAGAUGAGAACCUUUUUGCCCGACGGCUCCAAGAGAUUGCCGUUUACAGUUCUAUUGAUGCAAAGUCCCGCAUAGUUUUGAUGAAACAAUCAGGCAAUCUCUCUCCAUCGAAAUCAACACCGGUUGUUCUCGAAGAUGUGGACCACAUCGGCCCCGAAGAUAUAAUAGAGACAAUCACUCAGAUUCGUAAAGAUCUGAUAGAGGAUAUCAUCCGCCCUGUAAAUGAGGAUCUCGGGGCACGCCUGAAAGCUACACCCGUUUGUAGCUUCAAGACUAGCCAAUUUAUGAAUCUCGAUGCAGGCUCAUCUCGACUUUGUGAUGCCGCCAUUUUGGGAGGUAUACAUUCAGGAAUGCUAAAAGGGAGAGGCAGCUUGCUCCCCAACAUAGACACCAUGAUCUAUGACAGCGUUGUGGGGCUUGCGAGAUGGUUGUUUCAGUGCAUGGCCAACAUCGAGACUAUUCCACGGCAUCGCGACACGUGCUCGAUCACGCAGAAGUACGUCGAUCUGAGUAGUAAGGUUCAUGCCAGCAUUCCUACGGUGGCCUCAAGUCAUAUUACACCCUCUCACCGCAGCUAUCUGGAAAAAGCCAGAGUAAAGACCGGUCUUGCCAAACAGGGGCCGGAUACAGCUAUUUCGAUCUACUGGGAACUUCAACAGCCUCCUUUCAGCAGAACCUUCUACGACAGAAAAUCUACACCAGCUCUAUCAUCGUCGCUGUUUGGCGCAUCUAUUCCCACUCGCACAGCUGUGCCUACCGCGGCUACUACAACUAGCUCGGGUACCGCGUCUCUGCCUCUAUUCGGCGCUGCUCCCACGACUACUACAUUUACUCCUCUCGGCAGCCCGAUUAACUAG